CUCGCACGUUUCAGACGUGGCAAAUAAUUAUUUUGUGCAGACUGUUCACCUUAUUUUGUGACAAAUUUUUGGAUAUUUUUUAGAAGCUUCAAGGCACUAAGCUCGAUCAUCAAGUUUUUUUCUCGGUAGUUGGGCUCGUUACGUACAACAAGACGAGUCUACCAAGCGAGAACAACCAUAAAGCAAGCGAUGUCGUAACAGUUGAAAAAUUGUUUGUGCGUGGCGUCGGGGAUCUCGAGUGCCCGAAAUAAGUGGGAUAUACAGCCGCGCUCCUUUGCAAAAAUCGCUGAGAUCGCAGGAAACUAUCACAUUCACAUACACAGUCGUCGAGUUCAUCCACACAGGUAUCGAUAGGAGGUGAUAUUUACGAAUUAUCCCGUGGAAAUUUAAUUUAACGAAUGAGUACCUCAGUGCCAGUACGUUUGAAAAUCGACAUGAACGAAAAAUCCAAAGGAGAUGCGGGCUUCCAGUGGCCAGAGGAACAGCGAAAGUACUGGAUUGUAGCUAUGUUUUGUGGUACUCUGUUACUGUAUGCUGCCAGAUCAGCUGUUCCUUUGUGUAUGGCAGCCAUGAGCUCUGAACUGAAGUGGGACAAAGAGAUCGACGGAGCAGUUAUGUCUGCCUUCUUUUGGGGAUACAUGCCUGCACAGGUCAUUGGUGGAUAUUUAAGUGAUAAAUAUGGUGGAGAAGUGAUAUUAGGACUUGCCGCAAUUGUCUGGUCUUUAUUAACACUGGCUGUUCCUUUUAUGACUGUGUCAACAAUACUUUUCUUCUCUCCCACCAUGAUCAUAUUUGCUGCAAGAAUGUGUACUGGUUUGUCACAAGGUUUGCAUUAUCCCUCGCUAACAAAUAUAAUUGCUAAGAGAAUCCCAGUAAAGGAUAGAACAUUUCUAACAAGCACAAUAUUUGCUGGUGGCCCCGUAGGCACAUUGUUCAUGGGCAGUGUUGGCUCUUUAUUUCUUGCUCACAUGGGUUGGCAUAGCGUGUUUAUUGUCCAUGGUCUAAUGGCAUUAUUAUGGGCCUGUCUUUGGAGAUUUUAUUUAGUAUUACCAGAAUUUGAACUUGGAAACAUUAAAAUGGUUGAACCAAGCAGUUCUGAACGGGCGCAUUUACUCAAUGUUCCCUGGGGGACAUUUACAAGACAUCCAGCCGUCUGGGCUCUGGUUGUUUCACAUUUCUGUCAAGGAUGUGCAUUCUGGAAUGUGUUUGCAUGGCUUCCCAUGUUUUUUGAAGAACAUUUUCCAGGAAAUGAGAAAUGGAUAUUUAAUGUCCUUCCAUGGUUGCUGUACUUCCCAGUGGCACUGUUUGUAGGACGCUUAGCAGACAGCAUGAUUAGAAAAGGAUCAUCAGUUACUUUUGUCAGGAAAUUCUUUCAGACUCUAUCAAUGUGUGGCGGGGCAUUUUUCAUGGUUCUCAUCACAAGGUCAUCCAGCUUUAGUCUGGCUGUUGUUUGUAUGAUGAUGGCCAUGAGUAUGAAUGCAUUGGGUAAUGCGGGUUCUCCCGUCACUCCACAAGACAUGUCUCCCAAGUUUGCUGGGACGCUCUUUGGAAUAAUGAACUCAGCAGGUGCAUUUUCAGGAAUUGUUGGCCCCCUUCUCACAGGUUACCUUUUAGAAAUUGGUUACAGAUGGAACUUUAUAUUUAUGUUAAACGCUCUAGUACUCAUCUUGGGUGCUUCCGUGUUUCUCAUGAGAGGGACUGCAAAGAAAAUUGUGUAGAACAACUGAAAUUGUUUAAACAAUAUUCUUCACAUAAGCCAAACCCAAAGAGAUAUUUUCUAUGGCAAUGAAGCAGAGCCAUUAACAAGAUGACACAGCCAUUAACAGGAUGAGCGGAAGAGAAGAGAGCAGUGUUUGAGCAGAUGUUUUUUAAUUACAAAUGUGCCACCUUUCUCUCUUCACAGUUAUUAGGGACCUUAAGAAACCACGUCGGCGACGGUAACGAGGACGUGGAAAAACAAGAGAUCUAAUUGGCAGAACAA